GCAGAUUCUUGUCAGCUUCCGAAGUGUCUGCCAUUUCUGGCCUGUAGCAGCACGUGCAAGUGGUGUCCCACCAGAUCAACUGUCCCGAUCGUCCCCACUUGGUUGGAGAAAAAGCUUCUCUUUUCCCACCUAACGUCCCUCUACAAAACCCAUCAAAAACUCCGUCCAUCUCUCUCUCCUCUCUCUCAUUCAUCAGAAAUGAGUAGCAGCAGCAGAAGAAGCAUCAUAUCCCUUCUAAGGAAGAGCAGAAGCGCUCAUCUAACUCCUUUUUUCUCUAAUUUCACCUCUCAUAUUCCCACAAAACAGCAUUCCAGACAUUUCAUCCCCUUCAAGAAGCUUCCCCAAUCCUAUUUCCCUUCCAUUUCUCCCCCUUCUUCUUCUUCUUCUUUUUCGAAGAAUGGAUUCAUAGGCUGGUAUCUGCGCAUGAUCGAGACGCGGCCCGUCCUCACGAAGAGUGUCACGGCCAGCGCUAUCUUCACCGCAGCCGACGUCACCUCCCAGAUGAUUACUCUUACCUCCUCAGAUUCCUUUGACCCAAUAAGGACGUUGCGUAUGGCAGGAUAUGGGCUGCUAAUUUCGGGACCAUCAUUACAUUUAUGGUUCAAUUUUGUCUCAAGAAUUCUACCAAAGCGGGAUUUGAGCAAUACUAUGAAGAAACUUUUCUUGGGGCAAACUACCUUUGGACCCAUUAUGACUGCUGUGUUCUUCUCUGUGAACGCAGCUCUGCAAGUGGGCUAUCAUGUGGAGAGGCUUGGUUCAAUUGAGUGGGCCCUUGACAACGGAUCCAUUCUUGCUUCAGUGUUUCUGAUUCCUUACACUCCUUCGGAUCAUGAUCAUCUAAUGGAGUGGAUAUUGGGUGUGGCUGACUGCUUGAAGGAUUCCACCAGAUACAAUGGCUUAUGUUACCAAAAUGUGAAAACAGUCUGGAGAUUGUUGCCAGGUUGAAGCGAGACAUGAUUCCUACACUGAUUAAUGGGCUUCUGUACUGGCCUAUUUGUGAUUUUGUCACAUUCAAGUUCAUCCCUGUCCGUUUACAGCCAUUGGUAAGCAAUUCGUUUUCAUUCCUUUGGACCAUUUACAUUACAUACAUGGCAAGCCUGAAGAAAGCGGACGUGAAUAAGAUCUCCACUGAUUGAUUAUACAUCACCAGCUCCUAACUUUUGUCGUCCUCCAUCGUUGGAAAAUUUCCCCGCCUGCUGAUUAGACAUCAACAGCCACGUGAUGGAUAAAAAGGCCAUAUCCAUCCUGUUCUUUCCCCAGAUCUGCCCAUAUAUAACCAUUGCAGCAGCCAAUACGAUUCAGUUAACAUAGGUCAUAUAGCUUUUAUCAUCAUUUAUUUACUUUUUUUGAGCAAAUGAUUACAUGUAGUAGAUUCACCAUGCGUUGCAUGUAUUUGGAUCAAUCUUCAGGUGUGAUUUGUUGGAAUGUAGGUGUUUGACAUGUCACAUGAUGAGAAUGGAAAAAAAAAAAAAAAAAACUCUUUAAGCUU